AAAUUUAAGAAAAUUACUGUAAGUGUUGAUAAUUUAUUGAUUCAUUUUUGCAGCUUUGCCUGUAUUUAAGAUAAGAGUUAUGAUGGUACUAGGAGGUUUCAUACUGAUGGAAGUGAAGUUUUCUAACUGCUCUUUGCUCUAUAUUCAACCUACAGAGAUUCUCAUCCAGAUAGUGUCUUCUCAUCCAUGGCAACAAUAAUGAGUCUUAUAAUAGAAGAAAGCGAAGAUGUAUCUGUGGAGUUGCUUACCCAGCUAUUGGCUAGUGUGAAAAAGGUCAGCAAGGAUAUUAUGCCAAUUGGUAAAAGGUUGGGGGAGAAAGUGUUUGCAGACAGUGCAUUGAAACUAAAGCCUUACUUGACACAAGCUGUAAAAUCUUUGGAUCUCUCUUUGCAUGAAUACAGUAAAGUUGUUACCUCAAUACUGGAAGGAACUACUAUAGUUGUUGAGCAUGGUAGUGAUCAUACUUUGAAAAACCAAUUGACUGUUGGGAGUGAAGCAGCUACUGCAUCUUCAGAUGAGGCAAGCCAGAGGGCUGAGGAUACCCAAAAAGAUGUAUGUUCUGAAGACGUCAGUCAUGCUGUGAAUACAUCUCCCAAAUCGAUUACAAGCAAUGGUUCUAGUACCAGGAAUAUGUAAAAGAGACCGAGCAUCAUGGUCCCAGUAAUCAACCAGCUACUGCAAAGGACACAUCCAAGUCUGAGACUAAUGACCCACAUGCUGGGGAAUCAGUAAAAUCCUAACUCACGUACACAACUGACAGAAUAUUUCGAA